UCCUCCCGCGAGCGCCUGCGCGGAGCCGGCGCGGGACGGGCGCGGGCAUGGCGUUCCGACAGGCGCUGCAGCUGGCGGCCUGCGGCCUGGCCGGAGGCUCGGCCGCCGUGCUCUUCUCGGCCGUGGCGGUGGGAAAGCCCCGCGCGGGCGGGGACGCGGAGUCGCGCGUGGUCGAGGCGCCGGCGUGGGCGGGGUCCGCGCGCCCCGGGCCGGGCGUCUGGGACUCCAACUGGGACAGGCGAGAACCGCUGUCCUUGGUGAACCUGCGGAAGAGGAACCUGGAAUCUGGAGAAGAAGAACUGGCCUCCAGGCUGGACCACUACAAAGCCAAGGCCACGCGACACAUCUUCCUCAUCAGGCACUCCCAGUACCAUGUGGAUGCUUCCCAGGAAAAGGACCGCACGCUGACGCCCCUGGGUCGUGAACAGGCUGAACUGACGGGGCUCCGACUUGCAAGCUUGGGCUUGAAGUUUAAUAAAAUUGUCCAUUCGUCCAUGACCCGUGCCAUCGAAACCACUGAUAUCAUCAGCAAACACCUGCCAGGCGUCUCCAAAGUCAGCACAGACCUGCUGAGGGAAGGCGCCCCCAUUGAGCCCGACCCACCCGUGUCCCACUGGAAGCCGGAGGCUGUGCAGUAUUACGAAGAUGGGGCCCGGAUCGAGGCCGCCUUCCGGAACUAUAUCCACCGGGCAGAUGCCAAGCAGCAGGAGGACAGUUACGAGAUCUUCAUCUGCCAUGCCAAUGUCAUCCGCUACAUCGUGUGCCGGGCACUGCAGUUCCCCCCAGAAGGCUGGCUCCGCCUCUCUCUCAACAAUGGCAGCAUCACCCACCUGGUGGUUCGGCCUGAUGGCCGAGUGGCGCUCAGGGCCCUCGGGGACACGGGGUUCAUGCCUCCGGACAAGAUCUCCCGCUCCUGAGGGCUGCCCAGAGGACCUGCUCUCCAGGUCCCCAGCCUGGUUCGCACAGGUGCCGCCACGGACACAGCUCCUUCCCCAUCUUCCUUCCACAGGCUUUGCUGUGGUGAUGCUGUUUCUCGGGGAGGAAGGUGAAAAAGCACGAAUGUCUUUAGUAUCUAAAAUGUGGCGUUUCGGUCUGUACUUCGGCCCAGGAUGGAAAAGGGAAUCGUCCUGAGCAGAUCAGCCUGAUUUCUCUCUUGGGGUUCUCUGCCCUGUCUGCCAGGACGGGGCCUCACUGACGCUGUCUGCGGGGACUACGGCCAGUUUUCCCAGGCGUCUUUGGUUGUGACCGCUGUUGGCCACGUGAGCCCCUCGAGGCUGUCGGCAAAGUCCACUAGGCACGAGGGGCUCCACGGAGGAGGGGCCGCCAGUGCUUCCAUUCAGAACUUGUCAUACAUUCUUCUCAUUUCUUAAAACUCUAUCACUUAAAUAUUUGUCAAUUAAAGAUUCUAUUCAUCUGGGUUCUUGCUUUGGUAACCACUCAGUCUGGAGUCCUGCACCCAUGACACCGCUGGGUCUGAACUCCCCUGUGUUGUUAGGCCUUUCCCGGCACCUCAGAGCAGCAUGACGGGUGAGGGAGGGGACCGGAGAGCGACAGUGCAGCCAGGGUCCUGUUUCAGUAAAAUACCAGAUACUUUAGUCUGCCUCUGGCUGUUAAUCCUUUACACUUACGGAUGAAACUGUUUAGACGUGAUGUGUCCAUUCCAAGUAUUCUGUUAACUUAGGAGAAACUUCCUGUGAGGUGGUUAUGAACAUUUUCUGCAAUCUGUGCAACUAAUUGGGACAUCUGAUCCACUUCUCUGUAACUUUGGAAAUAACUGCAAAAUAAAAUUUUAUUUUACUGGUU